AUGAAAGUUUUUCGUUCGCUCAAUUGCCCGCAUUGCAAUUUGCCAUUUCUCCCUCACACCGAUGAUCCUCGUUCACCUCGUCAACUUUUUUGUGAUGUCGUCCUUUGCAGUGAAUGCUUUCUAAAGGAGAGAUCCCUCGACAAAUCCAAGCGAUCUCAUCAAUGCACUUUCACGAAUUGUCUAUCGAAUCAAUUCAUUUUACCGCCUUAUUUCUUAAAUGAGCUUCUCAUCAACGAAUCACUUAAGCUUUCCGCUGAAAAUCAAGGCUACAUCCUUGUAAAACCACUUCAUUUGCCCGAAUGUCCGAUUUGUCAAGAGGAAUACUCAAUCGAGACCGAACCUUUCCAACCUUUCCGUCUUCGUUGCAAUCAUCUCAUUUGCAAUGCAUGUUUUGAAAUGAUUCGUAAAAGUUCCACGGAAAGCUCGGAUCAAUUCAAGUUCAAAGUUGUGUGUCCGAUUUGUCAAUCUGUAUGCCUUCGAUCGAAAGAUUGCGUGAAAAAGAACAAUGUUUUGAAAAAUUUUCUCCGAGAACUUCCGGAAAUGCUCAAACAAAUUGAGGAUUUAGAAAAAGAAGGGAAACCAAAUGACUCAAAGGAUUGCUGUGAGAAUUGCGAGAAGAGUUUCUCAUUCUCGCAAAUGUUCAGCUGUUUCGAUUGUAAUGAAAAGAUUUGCGGUUCUUGCGCUUUUCGAAAACAUCGCUCGCACACGGUUGUCGAUUUGAUUGUUAAGGAGAUUGAAAAGAUCAUUGAUGAAACGAGCAAAUCGGUGUCAAGCCAAAUAAGUUGUUACAAAGAAAUCUUCCCACAAUUACAUCAAGAUCUCCUCGAUAAUAUCUCCAUGUUUGAAAAGAGUCUUUUAUCAAAAAUCUCGAAUAUUAAGAGGGAAAACAUUGAGCGCGCUAGAAAAGAAAGUUUCGAUUGUCGUAAACUUGGUGACGAUUUUGAGCUGAUCUCCGAGAAAUAUCUACCAACUUUACGGGAAAUUAACUCAAAUUUACUGGAUCUUCUCAAUGAUCCAAAUUUGGGUUUUGUUCAAGUGUCAAUCUUUCAUGACUCAACUGAUCCAAAAAUUGAGGAAAAGAGAAUGAUCGAAGAGCUGGAAGAAGAAAGCGAAAAAACGAUGACAGAUCAAGCACUCCAAGCUCCACCACGAUCCACUCGACUCAAAAUAAAAAAGUGUUCUUUUUUUGAUUCAUUGAAACAAUACUCA